AUGGCUCCUACAAAUACCGUGAAUGUGGAUUUACAAAGAGAAAGGGAUAAGUGCACUUUCAAUAUUACUGAACUAACGCACCUAAUAGAUGGCGGCCCACAAAAUACAGAAGAAAGGAAAAAAAGAGAGGAUAUGGUGUUGAAAGAGGGUAUUCAUGUUGAGGAUGUACCAUCUGAAUAUCUCAGUCAUAAAGAGAAAUAUGAACUGGCAAUUAAAAAGGCAUGCCUCUUAUUCAAAAUGAUCAGACGACUUCAGGAGGAAGAAAACACAGGAAUGGAAAAUUACAGGGCAGUGCUUGGUGGUAUGUUAGGCUCGGCCAUUCUGCGAGAUGGCUCCCCACUAACACUUCACUAUGUGAUGUUUAUACCUACAUUGAUGGGACAAGGAACAGUCGAGCAACAGGCAUACUGGAUAGGAAGAGCUUUCAAUUUGGACAUUAUUGGAACCUAUGCACAGACUGAACUCGGCCAUGGUACGUUCAUUCGUGGUCUGGAAACCACAGCGACGUACGAUCCCGCCACCAAAGAGUUUGUGCUGCACAGCCCGACCCUCACAGCUUACAAGUGGUGGCCUGGCGGUUUGGCCCACACCGCCAACUACUGCAUCGUGAUGGCUCAGCUGUACACCAAAGGGCAAUGCCACGGCAUCCACCCCUUCGUGGUACAAUUGAGGGAUGAGAAUACCCACAUGCCCCUGCCGGGCGUGAAAGUGGGCGAGAUCGGUGUGAAGCUAGGCAUGAACGGCACUAACAACGGGUUCCUUGGCUUCGACCACGUGAGGAUACCGCGGGAUCAUAUGCUCAUGAAGAACUCCAAAGUGCUCGAGGACGGCACGUAUGUGAACGCGCCCAGCUCGAAGCUGACGUACGGUACGAUGAUGUUCGUGCGCGUCAUGCUCGUGCACGACAUGUGCAACUACAUGGCGAAGGCGGUCACCGUCGCCACGCGCUACUCCGCCGUGCGCCACCAGUCGCAGCCCAAACCCAAUGAGCCAGAGCCGCAGAUCUUAGACUACGUCACUCAGCAGCACAAACUGCUCGUAGGCAUUAGUUCUGUGCACGCGUUCCGUUUGAGCGCGCAGUGGCUGUGGAAUAUGUACAAUAACGUCACCGCCGAGCUGGAGGCCGGCGAUAUGGAGAGGCUGCCUGAGUUACACGCGCUCUCGUGUUGUCUGAAAGCCGUGACGACAGCUGACGCGGCAGAAUGCGUUGAAAGAUGCCGUUUGGCGUGCGGGGGACACGGAUAUAUGCUGUCCUCUUCCCUCCCCACAAUGUAUGGUCUUGUGUCCGCCGCCUGCACCUACGAGGGGGAGAACACCGUCAUGCUGCUACAGACCGCCAGAUACCUGGUGAAGGCGUGGCAACAAGCGCGGGCAGGAAGCAGUGUUCCGCCCACCGUACAAUAUCUAGCUCGCGCCGCUGCCAGGAGGCAUCCGCCCUGGGAGAAUACUGUGGAGGGACUCAUUCUGGGCUUCCAGCAGGUGGCCGCCAGUAAAGUGAGUCAGUGCGUGCAGACAAUCGAAAAACGACAAAACAGCGGCAUGGCAUACGAGGACGCGUGGAAUCUCACCUCCGUACAACUCAUCUCUGCCUCCGAAGCCCACUGUCGCGCAAUCCUGCUGUCCAGCUACUACGAGGAGACAAAGGCAUUGGUUCCGGCCGCGUCGCCGGCGCUAAGGAAAGUGCUCGAGCAAAUGGUCGACUUGUACGUCGUAUACUGGGCUUUGCAGAAACUCGGCGAUCUGUUGAGGUUCACGUCGAUAUCUGAGCGCGACAUCGAACAACUACAGUCGUGGUACGAGAGCCUUCUGACCAGCCUGCGCCCCAACGCCGUGGGACUCGUCGACGCGUUCGAUAUACGCGAUGAGAUUCUCCAUUCGACACUCGGGUCGUACGACGGUCGCGUAUACGAGCGACUGAUGGAGGAAGCCCUCAAGAGCCCCCUCAACCAGGAGCCCGUCAACCAGAGCUUCCAAAACUACCUUAAGCCUUUGAUGCAGGGAAAACUGUGA